AUCUUCCACCCGAGCAUCUUCGGCUUCAACGAGAGCACCUACCCCAACCGCCCCCAGGACCCGCUCAUCAACCAGACCUUCGACAAGUGGUGGUUCCAUGGAUUCCUCGAUAAGCCUCCGCACGACGGCGACUUUUUCGACCUCCCGGCCGGCGGCAUCGCCCACACCGAAAUCGCCUGCGACAAGGGCGCCACGUCCUUCUACAACACCAGCGCCGGCGGCGACGCGCGCGACCUCUCCAACCCCGACUACCCCUGCCCAGGACAGCCGCUCUCCCAGUUCCACACGACGGGCGUCAACGACCUCGGCGGCUGCGCGCUCGCGAUCGCCUACGAGUCGGACGCGAAAAAAGUCAAGCCCGCAGACUUUGCCGUCUUCAGCGUCAACCAGACCUGCGUCUGGUCCCUCCACACCGACUUUGCCGUCCCCGCCGCGAUGCCCGCGUGCCCCGAGGGCGGGUGCACCUGCGCCUGGUUCUGGAUCCACACGCCCGACUCGGGCGCCGAACAAAUGUUCAUGACAGGCUUCAAAUGCAAAGUCACCGGCGCGACGUCGGUCGUGCCCGUAUCGACACCGCAGCUCGCGCGCCGGUGCGGCGCCGACCCCACCAACGGCCGCACCGAAGCGACGCCAAGCAACUGCACGUACGGCGCGAAGCAGCCGUUCUACUGGUACCAGGCCGAGGGCAGCACCUUCUUCGAGGGCACGUACUCGCCCCCGCUCUACACCGACCUGUACAACUUUAUCGGCGGCGCGCAGGACGACAUAUUCGAGAACGCGGGCGCGGCGUCGCCCACCGCCGGACACGGGCCCUCCAAGCGCUGGUACGUCCGCGUCUCUCCGCUAUCUGCGACCCCCGACGCGAUGCGACGCUGA